GUCAACAAGAAGGAGCUGUGGGACAGGAGCUAAUACCCAGAACUGAGUUGUGUCCUGCUAAGUCCUCUGCCACGUACCCACGGGAUGAAGAACCUUUCAUUUCCCCUCCUUUUCCUUUUCUUCCUUGUCCCUGAACUGCUGGGCUCCAGCAUGCCACUGUGUCCCAUCGAUGAAGCCAUCGACAAGAAGAUCAAACAAGACUUCAACUCCCUGUUUCCAAAUGCAAUAAAGAACAUUGGCUUAAAUUGCUGGACAGUCUCCUCCAGAGGGAAGUUGGCCUCCUGCCCAGAAGGCACAGCAGUCUUGAGCUGCUCCUGUGGCUCUGCCUGUGGCUCGUGGGACAUUCGUGAAGAAAAAGUGUGUCACUGCCAGUGUGCAAGGAUAGACUGGACAGCAGCCCGCUGCUGUAAGCUGCAGGUCGCUUCCUGAUGUCGGUCAGUUGAGAACUGAGCUUGUCCUUCUUAUGUUGACAGGGACGGGGAGGAGGCAGGGGCAGGUCUAAGCUGAGGGUCUGGAAAUGAAGAAUGAGAAGAUGGUGAUGAUGAAGAUGGAUGGCGAAGUGGGCAUGGGCCUUGUGUGACUUCUUUAGUGGAGAAGGGUGUGUGUGGGAAUUGUGUGGGAAAUGUUGCACAGUGUUGUGAAUUUUACUACUUGUCCAUCACUCCUUUUUUCUUCUCUUCCCCUUCCCCUUCCUCUUUGAGACUCUCAUAUAGUCCAGGCUGGCCUCAAAUGAUAGUCACCAUCACAGAGGAGACUGGACCUUGGCAGGACUGAGGUUCCAUAGCUCUCAAGUUCACUUUUCACCUCUGUGGAUAUGAUGUCGAAUACCUAUUUUCAACCAGAGGCACCCAGGGCAUUUACACCACCUGGGGCAGAGGAUAUCGUUUUCCUUGUAUCUUGAGCUUAGAAUAAGGUAUAGCCUGGGUGCUAGUAACUGUCUAUAGAAUGAGGGCUGGUGAGAUGAUUCAGUGGGUAAAGAUGCUGCUGCCAAGGCUGAUGAUCAGGGCUUGAUUCCUGGAAACUACAUGGUGGAAGGAGAGAGUCCAGGUUGUCUUCCCACUUCCACAUGGGCACUGAGGCACUUGAGUACCACGUGUGCACACACAGUGAAUGAAAGAGUGAAUGAAUGAAGCAAUAAA